GGCCACGCCCCCGGGACUGAGGCCACGCCUCCCCCGAGUCCGCUCUUCCGCUUGCGCCAGGUAGCGCCCACGUGUUGAGCUGGUCGGAACGCCGCCGAGCCGGAGCAGAGGAAGGACAUCCGGAAUGGCACUCAACCAGCUUGCGUUGCUGAGCGUCUCUGAUAAGACGGGUCUGGUGGACUUCGCCAGGAGCCUGGUUUCGGUUGGCCUCUCCCUCGUGGCUUCUGGUGGCACAGCUAAGGCGCUGCGAGAUGCUGGACUCGCUGUCAGGGAUGUGUCGGAGAUAACUGGGUUUCCAGAAAUGUUGGGCGGACGAGUGAAGACUCUGCAUCCAGUGGUGCACGGAGGCAUCUUGGCUCGGAACAUUCCAGAAGACGAGUCUGACGUUGCGAAACAUGGUUUCAGCUUGAUAAGGGUUGUCGUCUGCAACCUGUACCCAUUUGUGAAAACGGUCUCCGCUCCGGAUGUGACCCUGGCUGAGGCUGUGGAGCAGAUUGACAUCGGUGGUGUGACCCUGUUGCGGGCAGCUGCCAAGAACCAGAGCCGGGUGACAGUGGUGUGCGACCCCAGUGACUACAAGGCCGUCGCCCUGGAAAUGGAGGCCUCGGAGCAGAAGGACACUUGUGCAGAGACCAGGAGAGCCUUGGCGUUGAAGGCCUUCACUCACACAGCCCAGUACGAUGCAGCGAUUUCCGAUUACCUCCGGAAGGAAUGCAGCCAGGGACAAUCCCAGCUCCAGCUGAGGUACGGGAUGAAUCCCCACCAGACUCCGGCGCAGAUCUACACACUGGGGCCCAAGCUCCCCUUCAAAGUUCUGAAUGGAUCGCCUGGUUUCAUCAAUCUGUGUGAUGCCCUCAAUGCCUGGCAACUGGUGAGGGAGCUGAAACAUGCCCUGGGUCUGCCUGCCGCCGCCUCCUUCAAGCACGUCAGCCCUGCAGGUGCCGCUGUUGGGGUGCCAUUGACAGAGGAGGAAGCCAAGGUCUGUAUGGUCUAUGACAAGUUCAGUGAUCUCACCCCUCUGGCCACAGCCUACGCCAGAGCCAGAGGCGCUGACAGGAUGUCGUCCUUUGGUGACUUUGUGGCUUUGUCAGAUGCCUGCGAUGUCCAGACCGCCCGGAUAAUCUCCCGAGAGGUGUCAGACGGAAUCAUUGCUCCAGAUUACGAGCCGGAGGCCUUGGAAAUCCUGUCCAAGAAGAAAAACGGGAACUAUUGUGUCAUACGGAUGGACCCAGAGUACGAACCAGACGAGCUCGAAACCCGGACUAUCUUCGGAUUGCACCUGGCCCAGAAGAGGAACAAUGCACCCAUCGAUCGCCUGCUGCUCAAAAACCAGGUCACCUCGUCCACAGAUCUGCCGGAGUCUGCCCUGCGUGACCUGAUCGUGGCCAGCCUCGCGGUGAAGUACACGCAGUCCAACUCCGUGUGUUACGCCAAGGGCGGUCAGGUUCUGGGCAUCGGUGCAGGUCAACAGUCUCGCAUUCACUGCACCAGGCUGGCAGGGGACAAGACCGACCUCUGGUGGCUACGUCACCACCCAAGGGUGCUGGCCAUGAAGUUCAAAGCGGGCACCAAGCGGGCUGAGAUUGCCAAUGCCAUCGAUCAAUAUGUGGGCGGGCUAAUAGAGGCUGCGGAGCUGCCCAAGUGGCAGGAGAUGUUCGAGGAGCCUCCUGAGCCGCUGUCGGAGAUCGAGCGCAGGAACUGGAUCUCCAAGCUGAGAGGUGUUGCUCUGAGCUCUGAUGCAUUUUUCCCUUUCCGGGACAACGUUGAGCGGGCCAAGAAGAGUGGCGUGGAUUUUAUCGCUGCCCCAUCGGGGUCGGCAGCUGACAAGUUGGUGAUAGAAGCGUGCGAGCAGCUGGGUAUAACUCUGUUCCACACUAACCUCCGACUCUUCCACCAUUAGGUGGUUUGCCCUCUCUUGCCAUCCCACCAGUGGCCUGCAGCAGUGUGGUGAUGUUUCUGCUGCCAUCUUGAUGUUGGAAAUUAUUCUCUGAGAUCAAGCUAUAAAUAAAUCUGGCCAACACCUUUGGAUUACUUUGAGAACUGGUGUCAUGCAGCAGUGAUUGGAGAGUUCAAAGUCUCAUCUGUAGCUAUUUCUUGUUAAUUCUCCCUCCAACCCAUUCCAAGUGCAGGUAUUCGGAUUUAUCUGUCACCUAUAGUGUUUGUGUUAAUAAUCAACUCACCUAAGGAUGUGACCUCCAGCCCCAGGAUUCAUGGCCUUAAGAGGUCCAGAAUUUGCCACUCAUCCUUUGUACUCGCUGACCUGGGAAGGUCACUAGCUUCAUGCCCUCUGCGCGUGUGGACUUCCGACCUGGGAUUGGCCAGCCUAGGUUUACUGUUCAAACACGAGGAAAUCUGCAGAUGCUGGAAAUUCAAACAACACACACAAAGUGCUGGUGGACACAGCAGGCCAGGCAGCAUUUUGUGUGUGUUGUUUGGGUUUACUGUUGUCCGUUCUCUGCUGUCACUGACCUCGGAUUGCUUCUCUUCAGUGUGGUUCGCACGGAUUCUGCCCCGUGACUACGUUUACUGUCCUGACCUAAACAGAAACCCCAACUCCCCUGCACUGUCCCCAGGACCUACUAAAACACAACUAAUUCUGAGCCGCGACCUUGACAGAUAUCUUAACUGGAAGAGCAAUUAAUCCCACUCCACCUUUGGCCAAGCUAAUAGUCAGUCUUGACUACUGGGGGAAAGUACUUGGGCACUUGUACUCGGGCAAAGUUCUCUGGAUCAGAGAGGUUUGCAGCAGCUGAGGCAAAAAAGGCCUGCGUUGGUUUGAGAAGCAGCUAGAUACAGUUACAGGAGGGUGGAAACAACAAAAGAUUGGGUGAAGAGGAGUGGCACAUUAUUCUCAAGGACCUGUUCUAGCAUGGACUCUCUGGGCUGAAUGGCUUUAUGUGCUGCAGGAAUUGCCCUUCACCGGUUACUCUGAAUUUGCCCUCCUAGCUCAGAAAUACCACACUGCUCUCUGUGGUGUUUAAAAGUUUUAUUAAAACAAGGUUCAUCUCUCCAUUGUCAGAAAAGCAGUCACUUAUAAAAACAGUCACUGAUCCCAGAAAAUAUACGAGCAAAGAAUUAAAUUCUUCCGGCAGCAGUUGUAUCCUUGAUUAUUCAAGAGUAUAAGAGUAAAGAAACUAACAACACUGCAUUUGGGGGGGGGGGGGGGGGGGAGGAGAGAAA